AUGUGUUUCUUUUUGCUCCGUUUCUUUUCUCUUCGUUUCUUCUUUAUUCGUUUCUUUUUUUCACCAGUUUCUUCUUUCUUCGUUUCUUUUUGCUUCGUUUCUUUUUGCUUCGUUUCUUUUUGCUUCGUUUCUUUUUUCACGUGUUUCUUUUUUUCUUCGUUUCUUUUUUCACGUGUUUCUUUUUUUCUUCGUUUCUUUUUCACGUGUUUCUUUUUUCACCAGUUUCUUCUUUCUUCGUUUCUUUUUUCUUCGUUUCUUUUUUCACGUGUUUCUUUUUUCUUCGUUUCUUCCUUUCUUUUUUCUUCCUUUCUUUUUUCUUCGUUUCUUUUUUCACGUGUUUCUUUUUUCACGCGUUUCUUUUUCCUUCGUUUCUUUUUCUUCGUUUCUUUUUUGUUCUUUCUUCGUUUCUUUUUUCACGUGUUUCUUUUUUUCUUAGUUUCUUUUUCCACGACUUUCUUCUUUCUUCGUUUCUUUUUCUUCGUUUCUUUUUUCACGGGUUUCUUUUUUCACGGGUUUCUAUUUUCACCAGUUUCUUCUUUCAUCGUUUCUUCUUUCUUCGUUUCUUUUUUCGCUUUCUCCUUUCUUCGUUUCUUUUUUCGCGUGUUUCUUUUUUCAUGUGUUUCUUUUGUCACCAGUUUCUUUUUUCUUCGUUUCUUUUUUUUAUGUGUUUCUUUUGUCACCAGUUUCUUCUUUCUUCGUUUCUUUUUUCACGUGUUUCUUUUUUCUUCCUUUCUUUUUUCUUCCUUUCUUUUUUCUUCGUUGCUUUUUCCACGUAUUUCUUUUUUCUUCGUUUCUGUUUUCACGUGUUUCUUUUUUCUUCGUUUCUUUUUUCAUGUGUUUCUUUUCCUUCGUUUCUUUUUCCUUCAUUUCUUUUUCUUCGUUUCUUUUUUGUUCUUUCUUCGUUUCUUUUUUCACGUGUUUCUUUUUUUCUUAGUUUCUUUUUCCACGACUUUCUUCUUUCUUCGUUUCUUUUUUCUUCAUAGAUUUUUACACGUAUUUCUUUUUUCUUUGUUUCUCUUUUCUUCUUUUCUUUCUUUCUCGUGUUUCCUUAACAUUGACUGA